AUGGCGGCAUUUUACCCCCACUCGCAGUCACCGCGACUUUCUGAGGCGGCUUCACUGCGGAUGCAAGCUGGAAAUCCUAUGACGCCCGUCCACUCCCCCCACCACUCAGUUACCUCGUCUGCCUCCUCCCGGACUCCCGUCCACAUCCUCACCAUCCACGAGUAUCGCAAGCAGCAACACACGCCCACGCUAUCGCGAACAGGUACACCGUCAGGCAAGACUCUUCGGAGGAAACCUGCGGCGCUUGCCUUGAACGAUAUCGAACGCGCACCAUCGGUAUCCUAUUCAACGCAGUCAGACUCUGGUCCGCCACUGCGCCCUCUUCACUUUUCGCAGUCGGCAUAUCAACUCCACGGGGAUUGCCCGCCGCCCCAGCAACCAACACUGCUCGAGCUAUCGCUUCGGUCGCAGUCGGCUGAGCCUCGCGUGCAGACGGGCAGUAUUACCAGUAUAUCUACUGGCAACUCGUCUAGCAAGGUACGUCAGUUCAAAUCAAGAAAGAGGUUACCGAAACCGCCUGCCACUACAGGUCCUGUGUUUUCUCUUUCGCUUCCAAACGUGAAAUCUACGCAACAACGCCAAUCACCGCGUCCUGCUGUGUUGAGCUUCUCCACCGAUCUUUCACACUCCAGCGGCGCGCAGACCACGCCCACACUCUCGACCUUCUCGCUAUCCCGCUUCCCGCAGCCGCCCCACCAGAUCGACCCGUCGCUCUCACCACCCCACGAUGAAAGAGAGCCGACGCGAAUAGGCGCACCUAGUUUCGCGACAACUGCGCCCGCGACACCGCCCACGACGCCCGCAAUUAUCCAUUAUCGCGGUGCUUCCUUUGACUUGGUUAACCCGCACGACUCGCUAGUGCUUCACGACAUUGUUACGCCCUCGCGCGACUUCGAUUCUAGUGAAUAUCUUCUUCUACGUUCAUCUGGCGACGCGUUUUCAGAGAUGGCGCCCAAACGAGCCGUGUACGGCGAUUUUCGUGCAGCGCAUGCAGGUAUUCUGAGACGUCCCGAAGACUCGUCAGAGCAUUCGCAUAUGGAGCUUCCACUUGAGCCAUUGCCUGCUGCCGUUAGUCCCAAUUCCUCGUCUUACACAUCGCCUCCAUACAGCCCAGAAUCAGUCAAUGCGCCCUCCCCGUUGGCCAUCAAGCCGCCCGCGCGCGAGUCACGAUUCUCCCUCAAAGGAUUAACUCGCACCUUGACGAAGAAGCUCAGCAAGACCCCGGCGGUGCCACAGGGCGAGGAGUUGCAGGAUAUGCGUAACGAAAACGUGAGCAAGGCAUCAAUCAGCAUGGACGGAGAAUUCCCGCGUCCGCUACAUCAGACCUAUGUUACCACCCCCGAAACAUCAUACUUCCCGGUCGGCCACAUGUCGCCAGCUACUCCAAGUAGUCCCCUGUCACCCGAAGGGUUCCAUGCCUUCACACCAGCCUUUCCCCAAGCAUUCUCGACUGGACAAAAUGAGGCGGAGACAUCGCGCAUGCAUCCUGCAGGACAUUACCAGACGGAGUCGUUGGCAUCUAUGCUGCCGGAUGAGCACUCUACGCAAAUCGGACGACUAGAUGAUUCUCAUCUGCCAUGUUCUACUGAGAGCGGUUUUGCGAAACCUUACUACGAUGAUCUUGACUCGAUCUACCCCAGUUCGUCAAUCUACACCGCAGAUGGUCAUCGGAAGUCCAUGUAUCAGCAGGGACUUCAGAGCAACCGGAACAGCAGUGGUAACCCGUUCGCACGGCUUAGUGGAAUAAACGCAAGCGACUUCGCAAACGAGUACAAUCCCAAGAGCUCGUACAAUUACGGCGACUCUAACCGCAUCAGUCGGCAAAUGUCACGCCCAUUCGCCCAGGACAUGUACCACCCUUCCAUCGAAGAAGGCGAUCCUAGGACGGACACCAUCAGCAAGCUCAUCGAUGAAUAUAGCCCGCAUGAUACUACAAGUGCGCCCCUGGCCACACACUACGAAGGCAAAGGAAAGGGGAUCCAGCAAACUGGUGCAGUUUCAAGACGGCCUCCAAUUACCCAGCACCCAGGUUCGCCCCCUCGUGAAGCGGCUCCUCUUGCACCGGCCUUUGAGUACGAUGAAGCACCUUUCCUUCCUCCGCACCUGGCAAUGUCGGGUAUGUUCUCUGACGAGUCACGCUACUCGUACGGAGAUACUCGGGAUUUGCUCCGCAUCUCGCAGUUGGAUGCGUCGAUUCAGCCCCCUAUAGCAUGCACUCUAGAGCCAUCUUCGUCUUACUCUCAGCAAGAAGCCAGGGACCUUGAGCCUUCAUCAUCCUACUCCCAGGCGGACAACCCACAAAGCCCGCAUACGCCUAGAGAAGCGCUCGAACAGGCCGAACAGAUCUUCCAAGACACGACCAACAAGCUUCAGGACGAUAGUAAGAUACCCGCGAUGUGGGCUAGGCGCAAUUCAGCGAGCCUAAUGCUAAGUAAAUCAGCCACAAAUAGAUCAUAUUGCGUUCCCGAGGAGUCCGACACACCUCUUGGUGGCGGCGACGCAGCUAUUCCCGGAGACAAAGCGGACUGGGAGACGGUUGGCGGCAAUAGUCGCGAUUCGAAAGGCCACGAGUCUCUUCUAAGCAGUAUUGCAGACUAUAGCAGCAGCGAGGGUACCCGGAACAGUCUCGGUCUGAACUCGGAUGGCUCCCUUCCAUCCUGGGCGAAGCUAGCUCAAUCACCGGCUCGAUCGACAUACUACAACCAUCCUAGUCCUACACGCACUCAACACCCUCACCAUUUCGGCUCAUCGCCACCGCAGUUGAGAGCCCAAGUAAGUGUCCGUACGGCACCCGAUACCUCAUCUCCUCCGUUGGCCACUAGCCCUCCAGCAUCGCGAACAGCACCAUUGUUCCAAUUUGCUACUCGAGCUGAGGACGUUAGGGGACGCGGUGUUGUGAACCAGCCAUAUGACUACGCUCCUUGGGCGGACCCAUACGCCUUCAGCGACAAAGAGACGCAAGAACUGCUAGCUUCAGGCCCUAAUGAUAACAUCAUUAUCGAUGAGCAUCGCGCUUCGUCCGUGGGUCAGCCGCAAGGACAUUAUCGGUACCGAAGCGAUGAUAGUAUUCUUUCGACUUCGAGUACCGCUGAUGAGAGCGUUUUCGACAACAGCCUCAUUGGUCUUGAACGUCAGAAUACCUUUGAGAAGCUUUCCCUAGUUGGGCCCAAAGGCAACCUCACUGGUACUCUUCGCGGAACUGGCAUGCAUGAGACGGGUAGCAGUGUCGCAGAUACCAGCAGUCCUGGUGUCAAGCUCAGCUCUAGCGUCGGUCGCCAGAGCUUUCGUUCAGACUACACCGGUUUCUACGCUUCGCCCUUUCCAGCUACAGGCAGUGUAACGCGCAUCAGCCAAUCGCGACCAGUCUAUAAGCCUAGUCCUGAGCAUCGAACACCAUCAGAAGCCAGUCCAUUCUCCCAGACGCCAGAAUUGGAAACUGUUCAAGAGACGUCUCCAAACCCUGGUGCUCGCAAGCACCUCCGUAACUCGACCACGUUCCUGCGUCAACAGCGUCGCACCAGCCGCUCGGCCGUACCUGGGCAGACGAAACUGCGACAAAUGUUCCUCGCGCCUGAGGCUGCUCGAUUGACCAUCUCGACUCAAGAGACGCACAUCACGCGCUUCAUUGCCGGUAGUGAUCGUCCGUCAACCAGCGACACUACCACACCUCUCCGUGCCUCACACCCUAGCCUAGACAUCUACCCUGCGCCGGUCCGGACCAACAUUGCCCACCAGCACUCUCCACACCUGCUCUGUGUAGAGCGCGAGCCCAAUUCGGAAGAUGAGAUACGGCGCAACAAGCUAUCGUGGCUCAUCUUCGCGGCUUUCUGCCUCCUGCCACCCUGUAUCAUUCUCUUCCGUUUCUUAGGAGACAAAGUCAUCGCCGAGCUUACUAAAGGCCACCUGGGUCACGUCACGCCACAGUCUAAGCGAACGGCGCUCAUUGCUGGUAUCGUCGUUAAUGUUGGCCUUGUCACUGCAAUCUUGGUUCCGGUCUUGGUCGCCCAGGCGCUGAAAGCUGCGUGA